AUGAAUAUCUCCAGUGUCACAGAGUUCAUCUUCCUGGGUCUUUCUCACUCCCGCCCUGUCCAGCUCCUUCUGUUUGUCCUGUUCUUGGCCUGCUACACUGUAAUCUUAUUGGGAAACCUUCUCAUUGUGGUGACUGUGCAUGCAGAGGCCUGCCUCCUCCAGUCUCCCAUGUACUUUUUCCUGGUGAACUUAUCCAUCAUCGAUACUGCCUUGGGUUCUGUGGCUGUCCCCAAGAUGGUGGCGGACUUGGUGACCUGUGGCAGGACCAUAUCGUUUGGUGGCUGUAUGGCGCAGAUCUUCUUCCUUCACUUCCUUGGGGGUUCGGAGUUUUUUGUCCUCACUCUCAUGGCCUAUGAUCGCUAUGUGGCCAUCUGUCACCCACUGACAUACACCAUCACAAUGAACCGGCAACGUUGCAUCAGGCUCCUCACAUUCUGUUGGGUUGGAGGCUUCAUCCACUCUGCCACCCAGAUGAUCCUGGUCCUUCAACUCCCAUUUUGUGGGCCAAAUGAGCUGGACAGUUUCUACUGUGACGUCCCACAGGUGAUCAAGUUGGCUUGCAAGGAUAUCUACAUCACUGAGAUGCUCAUGGUGGCCAACAGUGGCUUGCUGUCUCUGGUUUGCUUCCUCGUCUUGCUAGUCUCCUAUGGUGUUAUCCUGGUCACACUUCAAGGCCACUUUAGGGAGAGUGGAAGGAAGGCUCUGUCCACUUGUAGCUCUCACUUGACAGUGGUCAGCUUCAUUUUUGUGCCCUGCCUCUUUGUGUAUCUUCUACCCAUUUCCAUCUCCAGUAUGGACAAAAUAGCUUCCAUAUUCUACACAGUACUCACCCCUGCUCUCAAUCCUCUUGUAUAUACUCUGAGGAAUCGGGAAAUGAAGGAGGCUAUGGGACGGUUGAAGAAUAAGUGCAUUUUCUCCCAUUCUUCUGUGAAGGGAGAAAAAGUAUGA